AUGGUCCGCAAAAUCAAAGACGCUGCUGCGGCAGUCGAAGAACAUCCAGGCGGAGGUCACAUUACAGUCACGGCGCAGCAAUCCCGAUAUGCGCUUGACGCCGUUGACGCGCCGGCUUCGAAAGAGGUGAUUGGGCGCAAUGGCACUGGCAAGUCGACGUUGUUGAAGGCAAUGGGCGAUGGGCUGGUGCCGGGCAUCCCGUGGAGUACGCGCAUUUUAUUAUUGGGACAGACAAGAGAGGUUGCGGUUGAAGAUGGCAUGGAGAAGCUGGACCUAAAGGACGAGACGGUACUCCAGCAUGUCAUACGGAGUGACCGCAUUCGAGAGCAGUAUACGCGCGAAGCGAAGAUCUUGAGUGAGGCUAUUGACAAUUCGACUGAUUCGAUGGCCCCUGUGCGAGCAUACCGACGGAUCCGACACGAGCGACUGCUGCUGCAACUGAAAGAAGGUCAUCGCAUCGCCGAGCGAAGGAGCGGUGCUAGGGGCAAGCAAGCGAGGAAAGAGCUCGUGAAGCUUGAAGAGCGUGUGGAGGAGUCGCAGAAGCAAGUUGAAGAGACGGAGAGUGACGUUGAUGCGACCAAGCUGAGUGAAGAGACGCAAGCGGUCGCAGACAUGCUCUCACACGUUCAGGCCUUACUGGAGCUCAUGGACGCUGCAGGCGCUGAAGCAAAAGCCCGAAUCGUGUUGCUCGGUCUGGGAUUCAAAGAAGAUCGCAUCGACAAGCCCAUGUCAGAACUGUCCGGAGGCUGGAAGACUCGCUGUGAUCUUGCAUGUGCACUUACACAAUAUGCUGACGUUCUUUUGCUUGACGAGCCGACCAACUUCCUCGACCUACCGUCUAUCAUCUGGUUGCAAGACUACAUUCGAAAUCUCAAAGGCACCCACUGUGCUGAUUACUACCCAUUGGCGGAAGAGCUCAUCGUCCUACGUAAUCAGACACUCGAGGUGUUCAGAGGCAAUCUCAGCCUAUAUGAGCGAGAGCGGUGGAAGAAAGCAAGGUGGAUGACCAAGAUGAAGGACGCGCAGGAAAAGCAGAAAAAGCACAUGGAGAAAUCGAUUGCCGGCAACAUAAAAGCAGCGAAAGAUAAGGGCGACGACAAAAAGCUCAAGCAAGCCUACGAGCGCAUGGGCUUACAAGUCGGUCUUAAGGGCGGUCGUUUCAAGCUCAACCGUGAUCUUGGUGGGUACCAUCUCUCAAAUCGCGCGGAGAUUGAGGUGCCCGACUUCGAUCCACCAGCUCAGCUGUCUCUGCCACAGCAGCCUCCAGAUCUCAGGUUUCCAGGAGCACUAGUGAAUCUGGAGAAAGUGUCUUUUGCGUAUCUUGGCAGGAAAAAGAUUCCAGUAUUGACUGACAUCGAUCUGACCAUACAUCCUGGAGCUCGAAUCGGACUCGCGGGGCUGAAUGGCUCCGGAAAAACGACGCUGGUGUCUCUGAUAAUGGGUAGCGGUGACAGCGAAGGACUUGUGCCAUCGUCGGGCACAAUAACGCGUCAUGCAAGAGCGCGAAUCGGUCGCUUCUCGCAGCAAUCGGUGGAAGAGAUAUCGGGCACUGCAGCCUCCAAUCCGCGACUGACAGCGUUGCGUCACCUGAUGGAGGUCGCGGGGCCUGAGAUGCAAGAAAAAGACGCGCGGGGACUCCUGGGUGGUCUGGGACUACAUGGCCAAACAGUGUCUGACGUACCUCUGCUAUUAUUGUCUGGCGGUCAGAAGGUCAGGGUGGCGCUCGCGAAGCUACUCUGGCCGCCGCCGCAGCUGCUAAUCCUCGACGAAGUUACCACGCACCUGGACUUUGAUACUAUUAUGAGCAUGGUGCUGGCGCUGCGGGAGUACGACGGCGCUAUUCUCGUAGUCACUCACGACAGGUUCUUCAUGAGAACGGUGAUUGAAGGAGAAUCACCGCACAAGCUAGCGCCAGGGGUCCGCGGCGAUGAGGACGAGGCUGGUGAGGGCAGCGAGUCGGAGGACGAGCAGACAGGGGUAGCAUCAGGAACCGUUUUUCGCUUAGUCAAGGGGCAGCUGAGAAAACUCGACGGGGGUAUGGACCAGUACGAAGAGAUUGCAGCCAGAUCUGCAGCGAGACUGGGAAAAGCCAAAGCAUGA